ACAACGCGUUGCAUUCGCGUCGUCAGUUCUGAAGUUCUACUCAUUCAUUUUGACUAUCAUGCAUGCCACGACGUCUGCCAAGAAGCAAAAGGAAUACAUCGAUAAACUUCAGGCAGAAAUCGAUGUCCUACAGAAGAGGAUAGGUGAGGACGAGAGCGCAGAGGCUAUCGUAUCAAAACACAUAAACCUGUUGCACCGUUAUAAUGAAGCCAAGGACGCUACUCAGUUGUUGAUAGGAAGGCUCGCUGCCUUGAAGGAAACCACCGUCCGGCAAAUUCAUAACGACAUGGACCUCUUGGAUGAUCAGUAACCUCUGCCCCUGCAUCUUCAAUAGCUGGCUGUCUUUCUGUCCCGCAUACAUUGUGUUUCAAGUUCCAACAUAGCUGUAUAUCAUGUUUGUAACAAUGUCCAAUACUUGAGCAAUUCUUGCGUCCAGCGCACAUUUUCGCUUCCCGCUCCAUCGUCGCCCUGCAUGGCAUCAACACAAAUGUUCCUGGUAGCUGGGUCGACCACCAUUGAAAACAGCUUACAUCCAAUUCACCUAUAUUUGCGCAACGUGUUCAUACACGUCCGUCAUUGC